CAUUCGUCUGGAAAGGGGGGGAAGUUUGAUCCUCUUUCUCACGGAUCACGGUUACGGGAGUUUUUCUCCCGUUUACAGAGACCCGGGAUUAUUAUUUCGUUUUUCACUUCUAUAUGUUUUUUUUUUUUAUUCAGGCUUAAGUGAAAUUGCAGCCUACCGUUUAUCCCACUUCACUCCACUAACCUUGGGUUUGUUAUAUUUAAUUUUUCACUUGCUUUUCUCUAUUGAGCCCGAUGACUAUGCUCCUUGAUAGCGGUCCUCAGUUCCCGUCACUAGGAGUAGGGGGAUUCGGAACGCCGAGACACCAUGAGUUGGGAAAUCGAGACCCCGGACUGGGGCUCAGUCCCUUCGCAGAUUCAUCUCAUUCGGCAGCUUUCAAGAUAAGUCCCGUUACUCAUGAUAUCGCCUCCAGCCAGACAUCAGCGUUCACCCCGCAAGCUACCGGAUACGCAUCUGCGCUCGGACACCAUCACGGAGGGCAAGUUGGUUCUUACGCCGGUGGAGCAUUCAAUUCGACCAGGGACUUUCUCUUCAGAAACAGGGGCGCUUGCAUCGGAGAGACUGCAGCGCCGAGUGCCCAGCAUGGAAUCUUUGCCGCCUCUGCUGGGAGUCUACACGGGCCCCCUGGAAUUUCGGACAACCCGGGACAUCUGUUGUUUCCUGGACUUCACGACCAGAGCGUGAGCCACACUUCACCUGGAGGACAUGUUGUAAACAGUCAAAUGCACCUGGGUUUACGCGGGGACAUUUUUGGCCGCCCAGAUCCGUAUCGACCUGUGGUGAGCCCUCGUGCGGAUCCUUACGGCACCGCUCAGCUACAUAACUACAACCAUCCCAUCAAUAUGAACAUGGGGAUGAACGUGCCCACACAUCACGGUCCGGGGGCCUUCUUCAGAUACAUGCGGCAGCCUAUUAAGCAAGAAUUGUCUUGUAAGUGGAUAGAUGAGAAUCAGAUGAACAGACCCAAAAAGACUUGUGACAGAACUUUCAGCACAAUGCAUGAAAUGGUGACACAUGUUUCAAUGGAGCAUGUUGGCGGCCCAGAGCAGAGUAACCACAUUUGCUAUUGGGAGGAUUGCCCGAGAGAAGGGAAAUCCUUUAAGGCCAAAUACAAACUAGUAAAUCACAUCCGAGUGCACACCGGAGAGAAACCGUUCCCUUGUCCGUUUCCUGGUUGUGGGAAAAUUUUUGCAAGAUCAGAAAAUCUAAAAAUUCACAAAAGGACUCACACAGGCGAGAAGCCGUUUAAAUGCGAGUUCGAAGGCUGCGACAGGCGCUUUGCAAACAGCAGCGACAGGAAAAAGCACAUGCACGUGCACACAUCUGACAAGCCAUAUAUCUGCAAAGUGUGCGACAAGUCCUACACACACCCCAGCUCUCUCAGGAAACAUAUGAAGGUACACGAAUCACAAGGCUCAGAGUCGUCUCCGGCUGCGAGCUCUGGAUACGAGUCGUCCACGCCGCCAGUGCUAGUGUCUGCGAACACUGAAGACCCGACAAAAACACCCACUUCUGCAGUGCAAAAUACAUCUGCACACAGCGAUGGACUACCACCCAAUUUUAAUGAAUGGUCCCCAGUGAGCAAGCCAAAGGUGAAUGUGGCAAGGAGCCCUAAACUCUAGAGGAACCCAAAACUAUCAGGGGGGAAUGGGCGGCCAGGUGCUGUUGGAAAUUGCCUGACUAUUGCCAAA